CGCUCUGAUCUCCUGACGACAUUUCCGGAGUUACACCCGACUCCAUUUUACACAAACAAUCUUUGGUGAAGAGAAAUUAUAUUUAUUCGGGUUGACAAAGUGCCCCAACCUGCCUUUGCCACAUUCCUCUUACUGAAGGUGCCAGUUGUAUGUUUACACAGAAACUGCCCGGAGAUCAACAUGAAGGAUAUUUGCACAGUUUGUUAUCAGUCAUGAAUCAAGUCUGAGGACAAAACAUAUCCCUGGCAAGAGCUUCUUUAUUAUGAAACAUGGACCGGGGUACAGUUGACAGCCCCGUCACUCUUGUCAUUAAGGCACCCAACCAGAAAUACGAUGACCAGACCAUCAAUUGUUUUUUGAACUGGACAGUGGAGAAAUUGAAAAAACACAUCUCCAACGUUUAUCCUAGCAAGCCGUCAUCUAAGGACCAGAGACUUGUCUAUUCUGGACGGCUUUUGCAGGAUCACUUGCAGUUGAGUGAUGUGCUAAGAAAGCAAGAUGAAUAUCACAUGGUCCACCUGGUCUGUGCUUCACGAAGCCCCCCAUCAUCCCCAACUCUUGGAAGCCCUGUUGGUACUAUUAAUUCAAGCUCUUUAACUUCAGACAGUGCUGGUCCGUCCUCCUCAGCUUCCACCCCCAGUCAGGAUAUCCCUACUGGGAGUUCUGAUGGUCUGCGGCACCGGGGAAUCCCGGUACAAACACAUGGCCUCAACCCUGCCCCUACUGGUGUGAUGCAGAGGCCUGAAGGAAUGCCUCUUCCCAUGCAAGGUGGUCCCGCUGCAGGCUUCCCCGCCCACCCUAUGUACAUGCCGAUGCAAAUGUUUUGGUGGCAGCAGAUGUAUGCUCGCCAUUAUUACGUGCAAUAUCAGGCAGCCAUGGCAGCCUCCCAGGCGUCCAGCAUGGCCCCUUCUACCACUCCCAGUGCUGUCCCCCCUACUCAGCCAGCACAGCCUAAUGAACCUGAAGUCCCUUUGGGACCAAACCCCGCCCCCGAAGAUCACCCUGCCAACCCUAACAUCCAGAUGAACGCUCAAGGAGGAGCCAUGCUGAACGAUGACGAGCUCAACCGGGACUGGCUGGACUGGAUAUAUACAGUGUCACGUGCUGCCAUCCUGCUCAGCAUCGUCUACUUCUAUUCCUCCUUCGGCCGCUUCGUCAUGGUGAUCGGUGCCAUGCUACUGGUUUAUCUGCACCAGGCUGGCUGGUUUCCCUUUAGAGCAGAGUUGCAGAAUCCAAGAGCUGGAGAAGGUCCUCAAGACGAGGCUGAUCAAAACCAAGAUAUGCAGGAGAUGGAGCAUAUGAUGGAUGAGGGGAUGGAGGAUGACGAGGGGGACAGCGGAGAGGAAGGUCCUGAAGACCCCAUGAAUAGAGGUCCGCAACAGCCGGGCUGCCUGUCGGCCGCAUGGUCGUUCAUCAGCACUUUCUUCACCUCGCUAAUCCCUGAGGGACCUCCACAUGCUGCCAACUGAACUCACACAUCUCCACAUUGUCAAUGCACAGUGGAGUAAAAAAAAACAUAAAAAGACUGUAGACUACAAAAAAUUUAAAUAAAAACAACAAUACAACAUGGUAUGCCAUGUACUGCCAAGUCUGUAAUGCUGCUUCAAUGGUGUUCAAUUCUUCCCCCUACGCUGUUCUUUCCCACCUUUUUCAGCAAGUCAGGGUGAGUUUUGAAUGAGGUUUCAUGGAUGUGCUAUCCAUGUUGCGUGACGAAAGACUUUUUUCAUUGAUCAGUAAGACCUAGUGAACCAUGCAGUUACUUAAGUGCAGAACUAAUUUUUCUCUUUCUUGUGUGUAAAUAAAUAGUAAAUAUUUACAGAUAUGAAUAUAUGCAUCUCAUUGAAAUAAGGUGUUUUUAAAUAAAAUCAGGGUUUGGUA